ACUAAAAAUUAAAAGUUCAUAUAGUUAUAUAUAUAGAGUUAUAUGGUUAUAUAGAUCGUAUAACAUUACAUACAAUAGCUAGUUUUUAAAUAGUGAAGUAGAACGCUGAGAAUGUUUCUCGUACUUAUUUAUUGUAUUUCAUUAUCCAUCCUACAGAUCACUGGAGUUUCAGUUACAUGGAAUUCUCCUGCAAGUAGAAUAUAUUCAUCUAUAAACAGUAAAUCGGUACCAAUAUACAAUGGGCGUUUACAGCAACAGUCUUCAACAAUACAACCUUUUAGUAUAUCAGGAGGCACAUUAACAAGUCUUAAUGCAAAUCAAAAUCUGGAAAUGUCAUCUAACAGAGGUUUGGGGCUAAAUACAAAGAAGAUUCUUGUAAGACAAGACGGUCAACUUGCAGAUAAUAAUGGUGACGGAGUGUCAGAAAAUACAAUUACUAAUACUGGUUCCUCUGAAAUAAGUGGUGGAUCUUCAAAAUCUUCAACAAAUAUUCAAUAUGUUGAUAUUCCAGUUCAGGUUAAGGGACCUGAGUUAUCAAGUAUUUAUCAUGGAAUAAAUAAAAAUAGCGAAACGAGCCGUAUAAAUGACGUUAGUAAAUUGUAUGAAUCUAGUGGCAUAGAUAGAGGUUUUCAAUUAGGAAAUAUAGGCAUAUUAGAAGAAGAGGGUAGAGGGUUUAAUGGGUCGGUCGGAUCAAUGCAAUUUGGUAAACAAAAUGAGGAUAGAGCGGGUGGAGCUAGUGGAGAAGAAGGAGAAGAAGAAGAAGGUAGAGGAUUCAGUGGAUCAAAAGGAUCUAUAAGAUUUCAUAGAAAAAAUGAGAAUAGAGCAGGUGGAUCUGGUGGAGAAGAAGAAGGAGAAGAAGAAGAAGGUAGAGGAUUUAGCGGAUCAAAAGGAUCUAUAAGAGUUGGUAAACAAAAUGAUGAUAGAUUUGGUGGAAUGGGUGGGGAAGAAGGGGGUGUGGGUUUUAGUGGAUCAAAAGGAUCUAUAAGAUUCGGUGGAAAUAACGAUGGUAGAUUUGGUGGAAUGGGUGGGGAAGAAGGGGGUGUGGGUUUUAGUGGAUCAAAAGCAUCUAUAAGAUUCGGUGGAAAUAACGAUGAUAGAUUUGGAGGAUCGAGUGGGGAAGAAGGGGGUAUAGGAUUUAGUGGAUCAAAAGGAUCUAUAAGAGUUGGUAAACAAAAUGAUGAUAGAUAUAGUGGAUCGGGUGGGGACGAAGGGGGUGUGGGUUUUAGUGGAUCAAAAGGAUCUAUUAGAUUCGGUGAAAAUAACGAUGGUAGAUUUGGUGGAAUGGGUGGGGAAGAAGGGGGUGUGGGUUUUAGUGGAUCAAAAGGAUCUAUAAGAUUUGGUGGAAAUAAUGAUGGUAGAUUUGGAGGAUCGGGUGGGGAAGAAGGGGGUGUGGGUUUUAGUGGAUCAAAAGGAUCUAUAAGAUUCGGUGGAAAUAACGAUGGUAGAUUUGGUGGAAUGGGUGGGGAAGAAGGGGGUGUGGGUUUUAGUGGAUCAAAAGCAUCUAUAAGAUUCGGUGGAAAUAACGAUGAUAGAUUUGGAGGAUCGGGUGGGGAAGAAGGGGGUGUGGGUUUUAGUGGAUCAAAAGGAUCUAUAAGAUUCGGUGGAAAAAAUGAUGGUAGAUUUGGUGGAAUGGGUGGGGAUGAAGGGGGUAUAGGAUUUAGUGGAUCAAAAGGAUCUAUAAGAUUCGGUGGAAAAAAUGAUGGUAAAUUUGGAGGAUCGGGUGGGGAAGAAGGGGGUGUGGGUUUUAGUGGAUCAAAAGGAUCUAUAAGAUUCGGUGGAAAAAAUGAUGGUAGAUUUGGUGGAAUGGGUGGGGAAGAAGGGGGUAUAGGAUUUAGUGGAUCAAAAGGAUCUAUUAGAUUCGGUGGAAAAAAUGGUGGUAGAUUUGGUGGAUCUGGUGGGGAAGAAGGAGGUAUAGGUUUUAGUGGAUCAAAAUUAUCUAUAAGAAUCAGUGGUACAAAUGAUGGUAAAACUGAUCGAUCAGGUGGAGGAAACAUAAAAAUUGGCGGAGGGCGUAUAGCUCGUAAAUUGUCAAAACUUAGAGACAUUGGUAAAGUAAAUCGAGGUGGUGAAAAGAGAAAUUUUAGAGGGUCAGUUGGAGGUUUACAAUUUAGUAAUGAAAAUGGAGAUAAAGAGUCGAAUACUGUUAACAUAAAAAUGACUGGGGGAAAUUAUGGAAGUGGAAGAUUUGGUAGUAAUAUUAAAAGUAACUCAUUUAGAGGAGAUAGUGGUAUGAGUGAAGUAGGUGGUAGUAGAUCAUUUGGUGAAAGAAAUAUGUUCAGUAAAACUGGUGGAAAUUAUUAAGGUAGAACUUAAAAUUAUCAGCAAUAAUAACAAAUUGAAAUUAAAUGUUUUUUUGUAAAAUUAUAUUUAAUUUAUUCAGAAAA